GACGGUGUCGGCGCGCGCGACCGCACGAACGUCAGUGUCGCUCGGGCCGCGGCUACGUUUGUUCUAUGGUUGGCUGGUCCGUUUUCGUAUCUGGUUAGUUUGUUGUCGGCAGGGACGGAAGGACUGGAUGCACGGCGCGAGCAAAGUAUUACGUACUCUGUUAAGCGACACGCGAAGAGACAUGGGAUAUAAAUAAAUACGCUGUUCGAGCUCGUGUGACGAUUCCGGCAGUUGAUAAAUUGGCCAAUGUGACAUGAAUUCGGUGGUACGACUGCGUUAUCGCGGAAGUGGCGGAAUAAUAAGAAAGCUCGGCGGCAAGGCCUGAUUAUACUGUGGCACGGUGUCUCGGAUUGUAAAAUGAGCCCGGCCUCACAGGGCGCCCUGGAAGUGGAGCGAUACAUCGGUAGCUGUCUGAUAACGUCGAACGCGAGAGCUGGCGCUCACAAGAGCGCAAAGAAGCAGGAGAACGGGGCGAGGGGAAAGCCUCGUUAUCUGCAGAAUUACAAUAACGAACAAUGUCCGGUGCAGUACGCGCCUCCUGGCACUUGGGCCGGUGCACCCCUGAUAUCCAUGACGUCGAGUCUUCGACGAACUAAUCAGCGCUCCUCGCCCUCGCCGGGAGCUCAGCAGCAACAGCAGCAGCCGAUCAAGGAGAACGAGCAGCUGUCCUCUCAUCUGCACAACAGGAGUCCUCUGACCAGACUGGCCAUUCAGACUCAGGGUGCGCCGCUUAUACUCGCUGGUCGUUUUCAUAAUCGCGGCAAGAUCAACAAUGGCGCCAUGAGCAACGGCAACGUCGCAAUCGGUAACAGUAACAAUACGACGAGCAACAACAGUGCGAACGUGACGAGUGCGAGUAACGCGAACGCCGGUAGAUGCCCGCCGGCGCGGGGUCAGAGGGGCAGCGGUGAACCCGCGAAGAAAUUAACGACCAAGGAGUCGACUGCAGGGAAGGACAAUGGUGGCAGUAACGUCGCGAACAUAGAUUCCCUGAGUAUCGCGAGCGACGAGAGUUCCGGUUCGAACAACUCCGAGAACAGUCUGCCGCGGAUAAUAAAGCCGCGGAAGCGCAGAAAGAAGGACCGGAAGCCACCGAACGUCGCCGGUCCUGCCGAUACCGCGAAACCGGAUGAGCUCGGCACGGCCAUUUCCGAACAGUCUAGCAUAGUUACCCUGAAGCCGUAUGUGCCGGUUUGCUACGAGAGGUACGAGGCUCAUCGUGGCCACAGGCGGCCACCCGUGCCCCGUGAAAGUUAUGGGAGGCCGCAGUCGACGCACGAGAUCGUCGACACCAGGCAGAGGUAUCACCACCGGCACAUGGUGAAAGUGCUCGAUGGGAACAGGAACGUUGUGGUGCCUCCGGUACGAGUUAACCAUACCAAGAACUAUCGGAACGGUACCGGUAUACCGUUUAUUCAUGAUUACGGUGAAACUGCCACGGGCUGCGAGGAAGGUCUCGCAGAAGGUGGUCCGGGUUCGUGUCAGUGUCGCUACUGCGAUCCUUCCGGUUUGAUCUGGGACGUCGAUCAGAAUGGCUAUUCCCCGUUUCUGACGCCGCCCCUUCAGGCGCCCCAGUGCAACGACUACAGCAAUGUACAUUACUCCCAUGUUCCUCUGUUCCUGUCCCGGCCGCUGUGCCAGGAGACGACCCCCGUGGAACUCUUUGACGAGGCACCGCGCCUUCACAUGGAACGCGAGAACGGCACCAUCCUCAGGCGCAGCUGGAGCGACCCCACGAGCUACUUCAGCGAGGAGAUCCUGCCGAACAGGAGCGUCGGCGUGAUUGGUGAUCGCGGGCUGACGGAGGCUUCCAAGGGCAAGGUCACCUCCUGGAGAGGUAGCACCUCGUCGACCGGAUCCAGCGCCUCCUCGAGCACCCCCGGAGUGCCGUCCCAGGGUCUCGAGGUCUCCACCGAGAUUGUCACUUCGCCUAAUGGCCACAGGGACCUGGAGAUCAAGUUCUACUCGUCUUCCCCUACCGCGACGAUCCCAGAGGACAAGGCCAUCUUCCCCGACGAGGACUUCAGUGACAUUUGGAGCUACCACGAGUCCAAGCUACAGCAGGACUUCCGCACCCUGCUUCAGGCCGAAGAGUGAAGAAGUGUGUCGGCAGUGACAAGGACUGUGGGAAUAAGAGGCACGACCGAAGUAUCGAGCGGAAGCGGGAGACGCGCGAGACGAGCUCUCUCGUCUUCGGGAAGUAGAUUCGACUCCUCGAGAUUUACUUGGACCAGAUUAAAACGGGGAGGCUGUGAGGGGGAACCGAUGGAAAGGGUUAACUUUCUUAGAAAAGGGAUGAACCGUACCUAUCCGACCCUUCCUGACCACCCUGGUUACCUGCUAUACCCAUCCUCGACUCGAAGGGUCGUAACGAGAAGGGAAUAAGAAAUUGUACCUUGUUAACGAGCGGAAAAGAAGAAGCGGUACUCGCCCAAGGGAAUCGAAGGCAGGAUUCGCAGCUGGCGUCGAGACGCCUUACAGUUAUUUAUUUGUUUACCGUUUGCGCAAGUGUCCCUUGUUCUCUUUCACUUAAAUUUCUCUCUCUCUCUCUCUCUCUCUCUCUUCCAAGACUCCUUUCAACGUCUUCUUCUCGCUGCUAAAGGAAAAAUUAUUAUUGAGGGGCGCCACGGUAUCCCUCGAUGACCCUUCCCCGUAAGCCCUCCUCGUCCGAUGAUGACGGCAUUCACGAAGCGUGUAAAAUGAAAUGACUAAACCACCAAACGAAAGGAUAGCUCCCGUAACGGUGCACGUAGUAUACGUGUACGGAGUAACGAGCGAAGUUCGGGCCAUAAACGCGUCCGUGACCGUAACCGUAAAUACACAUGCACGCGGAGGGACGCGUAAUGUGCCGCAUUGUCGUGUUUAUUAUCGACGCCCCAAGUGCGCCUGUUUCUACGCUGCUUCGUCGGACGGUUCUUCGUCUCCCUGCUGGAUAAAACAAAGCGGUGACUGUCGCCUCGCGAAGUGAACGCAACGCGAUCGCCUAAGUGUCAAAGCGGAUGGUGUAUAUAGUAUAGGCAGUACCUAUUGUGCGAUGAGGUAUACAAAACACUGGUACACUUGCUGCAACCGAGAGAUCGUCCUUAUCAACGUUAUCGACCGUGAUCAUCGUGUAGAACAACAGGAUAUUAAUGGACACUGCGAGAACCUUGGGAUUUCGCUUGGAUGAAUUUCUGUGCAAAACGUAUAAUGACAGUAGUGACUCAAACGUGUUAUAAUUAAUGGACGAACGUACGAAUGGACCGCCGGUCGCUCCUUGUCGAUGAAACUGAUAACGAUUUCGAGAGAGACGAUAAUCGAAAGAGGGCUACGAGAUACUUGACAAGUUUUUGCGACGAGGUUAUGUGUGACGUGAUGCUUGUAUUGCAGUGAAUUUUGAAUUUUUGUUUUGAAUUUUUAUUUAUUUUUUUUUUUUUGAAUUUCCCGCAAAUUUAUAUUUUUCUAAUUCCCUCUCUCGCUCUCGUGUCUCUCUCUCUCUCUCUCGAAAUCUCGUGUCUCUCGUAGCGAUGAUUUAGUGACUUAAACGUGCAACGGCUGCGCUCCGCCGCACGGUAGCAGUGACUCGCCUCUGCCCCAGGCUCGACGUGCCGCACGUUAAUUACCUACCUAGUUGAUUACCUUUACCUUCCCUCUGCUAGACACCGCGUUCAUUCGUUGAGGCGUGAACCGCUAGCAGGACGCAUUGAUUUUAUGGAUAAUGCGCCUCGGGGUGGAUAUGGGAAGUCUUGUUGCUCGUGCUUGAAUAUGUGGAAUGAAGAGAAGUGGGUAUUAAAGGGUCAAUACAAGAGUGGGUAUUACGGAUGGAAGGAAGGAAAGGAAAUUAGGGGGAAAAAAAGACAAUUUUUUUCUCAUUGGAAUCGAUCGAUUGAUAGAUCAUUGAAUUAUGGCUCGUCGAGACUGGGUUCGUCGUAACCUCUGACCUUUGAUUAGGAAUCGAGAAAUAAGGCGAUAUCAAAUUGUCAGUAUCGUCUCUUUCUUAUUCUGUCCGUUGUCCUGGCCUGGAUUAAUUAAUCGAGAGACCUUAUCGCAGAGCUCGAGGUGCCACGUUGACGUGAUCUACCGUGAGGAUUAUUGGAUUCGAUUGAUUUCGAUUCGAUUGAUCUUUUUCAAACGAGGCUGCUUAUAGACGUGCUGCCUCCUAAGAUUUCCCCAAUUAGCUCUCGUUGGGAAAAACGACGGUGGACAGAGUCCGAGUGAUGGCGAGACACGUGAAUCAGAGAGAGAGAGAAGAGAGCGAGCGAGCGAGCGAGUGAGAGAAGAGAAUACUGGAUAAAAAUUGAAAGAAAAAAAAAAAAAUAAUGUAACAGGGAUCGCAUAUAUAUAUAUAUUUGCACUCCCGUUUGUCGCACAACAACCAAAAAGUGGCUCAUGAUAUUCGAAAGAUUUUUCGCGCUGAUUUACUCUCGCUUUUUCUCCGUGCAUAAAAAUUAAUGGUUGCCUCGUUCGCAUCCACGGUCCAUAGAGCCAUCGGAGUCGGCUCCUUUGGACCAUUUUUAUUUUAUAUCAUUUUUCAUCGUCGAAUCGACCGAGCUAAUUUUUAUCGAUUCCCUGAUUACGCGAUCGAAUUAUUUAUUUUCAAUUUAAUCUCGCAUCUUAUUCGAAACUGGCGCCAAUUAUUUGGAUCGCUCGUUAUUCCCAUACCUCGUACACUUUUCGUCUCCUGAUUUUUCAACUUCCGGUUUUUCAUCCACUCAAUGGACCUCGUAUUACGUCUACCCGGUACACACGCGAGUCUCGUUCACAUCUUUCACCCUCAAACAACCUUUUUUUUAUCUUCUCAUUUCAACCUGCUACCCGACCUCACGUUAUCCUCAGGUGCCGACGACCUCAUUUCUUAUCUCGCAAUUAAAAGCGCCUCGGCCGACCGGCGUGGGUUGUUAAACUGUUACUAUUUCACCCACGUGAUACCAUAUCACACCUGACUUAAUUACCGUGCUUAUAUGGGACAGAGACAUGUCCGCGAUCCGAUUCAGUGUACGAUAUCGAUUUGAAAUAUUUUUUUUUGAAAAAAUUUUUUUUGAACCCGUAAAAAAAAAUCACGCUAAUUGGCAGCGCUCGUUUACACAGAAAAGCAUCAUAUGAGUUAUCAGCUUGUCGUGCGGAUCGCAUAUGAUGUAGAGGUCCGAGUUAUCCUAUAUAUCGAGCUGCUGUCAUCGAAAAGUCUGUUUUACUCGAAACACGCGAAACACACGUGGGAUUGUCCAGUUGACGUGUUGUCGAUUACGCGACUAUGUAUAGAGGGUGAACAGAAAAGUAAUGUAAUUAUUUAUACGUAUUGCCGGUACGGACACUGUAUUCACAUGGUCACCAACUGACGAGUGACUAAUUAGUUUUGCGUCAUCUUUGGAUACCCCAAGUCCAUUUAGCCUUUUAUACAGAACUCAGACACCGAGUACACUCGGAGUUCACUGCAUCGCAAUCACGCGUUAUCAUUCCGAUAUCAUUGUGCCGAGUUGCGCGACUUUUCACGGUCUGCGGGUCCCAUCCUACGGAAUGCCUGAAAUAUCACAUAUCGCUCCUAUUGUACUUGAAUCCUGUAUUUUACGCUAUGAGCAUACCCAACUCAACUGAUGAUUGUGUAAUAUAUAUAUAUAUAUAUAUAUACUACAUCGUGUAGAUAUCCUACGAGAUCUAUCUUUAAAAACGCUAUAUGUACGUACAUGGGACUGACUAUGCUAAAGUGAGAAGAAUGGAUGAGGAUUGAGUGGGAAAUGAGAGAGAGAGAGAGAGAGAGAGAGAGAGAGAGAGAGAGAGAAUAAUAAAAAAUGAAAAAUGUAACGAAUGCAUCGUCUUAGCUAGGCGUUAAUCCUAAUCGUUGUAAAGAGUCGUCGUGAAGCGACGCGUUAUAAACGACAUUCGAUAUAUGCAAACGAGCCCAGAGGAUUCCUAUAAUUUCUGUGUGUUUUAUAGGGUAGCUAAUAAAGCCCCGUGUCCAUCGUCCCCGUUAUUGAAUAUUUGCACCAACCGAGAAUCGCACCUUUUAACUUGGCUCUAUAGAUAUAUAUAUAUAUAUAUAUAAACCGCAUCGAAUCGAGUUUCUUUACCCGCGUUGGGUUAUCACACGUCAAAUUCGUUGUAUCCUCGUCGAUAUUUGCCCGCGAAGAACGAGUCGAAGCCUCCUCGUAAGGUUAUUGCGUAAUAGCCGUUAUGACGUAAUUGCAUCAAAGUUCAAAAAAAAAAAGAAAAAAAUUCGAAAAAGCAGAAAGCCUGUGCGCUCUGCAAUCCCCUUAUGCGCUUGUACGUAGACGCGUGAUUUGUCUACAUGUAAAGACGAGCGAGAUCGAUAUCAUUGGUCGGGAUACAUUGAUAACGAUAAUCGACCUCUGACCUCUCUCGCGACGCUUCGUUCCUUUCUGGACGUUCCUUUCGUCCGAUUCUCAUCUUGCGGAUGGGAUCAGGUGAGAUCGAGGGGUAUGCUGGUUGCUCUCGUAAGUUUCCUCCUCCCGAGCGGGACCGAAGGUAGCCGAGCGGAGCCGAGUAGGUCGAGAAAACGGAAUGAGGAAUCGCACAGAUGUUUGAUAUGUGCAUAUGUAUAUGUAUAUAUAUAUAUAUAUAUAUAUCUGCUUAUAUAUUUUACUAGUCAUAUUCAGAUCAGCCGAUUAAUCAUCCUCGUCCUCGUUGACACUUUAAAAUUAUUAUUCCGCGAUACUUGGCCAAUCUUGUUUUUUUUUUUCUUUUCGCUCAGUCUGCCUCCCUCGCACGUUUACACGUCGGCGCGAUUAACUCGCCCACCUACCAGCCACGUCCUUUUCUCCAGCUCGUCGCGCAGACGUCGAUUUUCGUUCCCGCGUCAGACAUAAAUUGUGUACCGCUCGUUCACGUAGGAAACGUAACAGGUUGCCUCUGCGCCUCUACCGGCGACUUACGGAACCAGAGACCAUUAGGUGUCGUCUCGACGAUCCUCGCGGUCGCUUCUUGUGGGUAUAGGGGUCUGUGAUAACGAGACAUUGUAUAUAGAUAUACAUAUAUACAGCUGUGUCAUAUGGAGGUGUAUACAUGUAUAAUAACAAUUAAACGAAAUGGCCCGCCAAGUGACGACAGUAGAAAACAGACGUAGCGUAUAUUGAUCUCGUGGGUAAAAGUCAUCGGCGAAUGACGAUCAGUCGUUUUUUUAUUUUGGUUAAAUUGCAUCUUGUGCAUUUUUUCCUAUUCCAAUGCCUCGUCCGUGCAAAAUUUACUUGGAAGUAAAUAUCAGCGAAAUCGUUGGUGACUUAUUUCUCCGUAAGUUUCGACGCAAAGUUUACGGGACGCAGGAUGAUUAAUGUUGAUAACGGAAUUGUGACGUAGUAUCGCGUUCCACUUUUCAAGCGGGAUAUUCGAUACUUUGCAUGUGUCUUAUAUAUAUAUAUAUAUAUAUAUAUAUAUGGAUGUAUACUUACGAGGAGACGAGUGCGCAACGCUGCUCUACGGACCACGCACGAGUUUCAUGUAAAUUCGUUCGCGGUCCUGAGAAAAGGCCAAUUUGAAUCUGCGAUUUGGGAGGUACAGAAGAUUUUUUAUCAAGUUCUGUCACGAGAGACCGUCCCGUUGGUGGAAUUAUUCGUAACGCUUUUACAUUCGUGUUUUUUACUUACUUUAUGUCUAAACUCUUCUCUCAGCCAGUAUAAGAAAAAAAAUAAUAAUAAUAAAAAACAAUUAAAAAAAAAAAACAAAUUAUGGAGUACACUGAAAUAAAGAAUACCGUUUGUAACGAA